AUGUCGACCGGUUCUCACCCUCGCUUUCCAGGUUUCCUCACGACCUUGGUCCAGGGUUUCUCUAGCAAACUAUUUUACCGAAAUUUAUCACAAAAAGUGAAAGGGAAAAGGCCCAAAUUGACAAAUAUCAAACAAAAGGACAGUGUUGAUAUCGAGGGCAUCUUAAAAAGGCCUGGAGCAGUUGUCGUUAGCGCCGAAUCUCUUGUUGUGGAUUCCAGUGAGACUACGAAGGGAAUAGAGAUUAAAAAGUGGCAAGCCUCACGACAGAGGACAAACUUACUAAAGCAAGGAGAGCGAAGGUGUACCUUUCAAGUUUUUUAUAGUCAGUUUAGAAGAAAUUAAGGAACAUUUUACUCAAAUAACUCACAAUUCUUAAUCUUAAACCUCCUUUAUCUUCUCUCCCAGGCUUCUUUCUCACUCCUCUUAGAAGCCUGGGAAAGGGGUAAAAUUGCUGAUGACUACACCUUUAUUAGGGUAUUUUUUGUGUCAUUCUAUUUAUACAGUCUGAUUCUGCAAUCCGCGGUCUGCAGAUGUCAUGUACGGCCCUGCUCAUAAUUUCUAGUGGGUGGGAUGAAAAUAAGGUCUUCAAUUGACCACUCCAGAAAAUACCAUAACAUACCCUAAUUAAUGCUCUUUGUUUGUCCCCAAAAAUCUUGCAAAGGCAUUGUUUUCAGUUUGUUUUGGGGCCAUUUUAACUCCUAGGAGAAACUGAAAAGAAUGCUUAUGCAAAAUUUUUGGGUGACAAACAAAGAGCAUUAUGGUAUAUGUUAUGGUAUUUUCUGGAACGGUCAAUAAUACACGGCCUAUGCCUUAGGACAAAAGACCUUCUUUGAUGAACACUAACAUUGACAGCAAUUUUUAAAUUUCCUGCUUUAUGCCAAGGUCUAUGUGCAAUUUUGGUGGUGAGAUACUUCCCUGGUCCUGAGGCUGGAUAAAUAACUAUCCAGGAGAUGAUUAUUAGGGACACAAAUUGUGUUAUCCACUGGUUAGCAUUAUCCACCCUUUGAACAACUGGUGGCUGGUGUCAUAUAAUUUUCCAGGGCCUGCAGAGCAGCCAGUGACCACCUCUUUUGGCUGUUUUCUCUUUGUGGCUGUUUAGAACUGUCAUAUUACUGAACUUUUCUUGAAUUGUUGAGCAGAGUCAUGUUUAUAAAUUUCAAGCUGCUGAAAAGUACCUUUCUCCAGCUGAGCCUGAUUGCACAUGUUUGCAGAUCAUGAUAUUACAAUGAUGUAGGUUUCUGUAAUCCCUUCAUUUUGUCUAGUAUGUGAUCGAAAUGCGUCAGAGACCACAUCAUCAGCCAAUAUCAUUCAUUUUAAGAAACCAUAGUUUGUGGAGUAGUCUUCAGAUUUAAUCGAGAACUUUCAUCAAAAAAGACUAUAGUAUAUUUUCGCAUCGUUGCAAAUGCGAGAUAGCCUUUCUGGUUUGAAAAUGCAGAUGGGCGUUUUGAGACUUACUACGCAUUAGAUACUAUUUAUAUGAAAAUGUUUAUUACAGUGGAACCUCUAUAAUGAAGUCCUCAGUGUAAUGAACUAUUUUUUUGACUUCAGUAGUGGUAAAAUAAAAGGCAAUAUGAAAAAGGACCUCGAUAUGAGUUAACAAACCUCGUUAUAAGAAACAUAUUUUGCCAGUCCCUUAGCCCUUCGUUAUAUUGAGGUUCCACUGUGCUUAAUUUUAUUUAUUUAUUUUUCAAAAAGUGGGGGGCCCAGCCCCUCCCCCUGCACAGGCCCUGAUUUCAUAGUCCUAGAAUCUGGGGCGAAUUUAAUAGCCAAUUUAAUAAAACUUUUACAAGUGUAAUUUACAAGCAUAGCUAUCGUUUUCGGACACUAAAGCAAUAACUACACUUGUAGAUUACACUUGAAAAGGUUUUAUUAAAUUGACCCCUGGGGUUUUUCAGGUUGUUUACCUUUGAAGCCUAGUCACUGCCACCCACAAGCUCCUCCUAGACACGACUGAAAGAGGAAGGGACCUUUGUAGCAGCUUUGACAUUCAUAAAGUGGUGGCCAUUUUGUCAACAGAUAAACCAUUAUCUACGGACACCUAUUUAGUCAGUCAGUCUAACAUUUUGCAUGUUUUAUAAAAGCUAGUUUGACUGAUUUCAAGUGGCUGCUACAGGUCUCUUUCUAUUACCUGUAUCUAGGAGGAUUAGAAAGGCUGUCCUCACAGGCUACAUGUAGGUCAACCUCUGAUCAUCAGACAUCUGAUAAUCAUGAUAAAAGUUUGGGGUUUCACACUGAGUCUGAACUGUGAAGUAUUUUCCUCUUGUCUAAGAGCAUGGCUUGUAUUACUACUCAGCAGUUCAGAACUACAUUCACCAGACUGGCUACUUGCCAUUCCUGCUGCAAAACAGGACAGUAGUAAUGCUGUUUGGUUCUCAGGCUGGAAAAACAUAACUUGACCAUGUAGCUGUAACAGUCAAAGGAUACCUCCCUAGGAGAUUAUAGUAUUUAUGCAAGAGAAAACAUGGGGGAAGUGGGGAUGACAGUAGCCUGCGAACAGCAGACGCAUUUCCGGUCGUCACUUCUCUCCCUCCAAAAAAUAUUUUCAGACGCAGAGAAUCGAUGACUGGAAAUGUGUCUGCUGUUCGCAGGCUAGGAUGACAGUUGUCAUUCAAUAUUACAGUUGUAUUGAUUGUAUUCUAUUUUUUUGAACCAUUGGGGCCCGGGACCUCAAUUUAUACCGUAAAUCCUCUAUUAAGCCCCCCGGGGGGCUUAUUUUUUCCACGCACUUUUGAUGGGGAGGCUUAAAAGAGAGGGGGGGCUUAUUUAAGGAGCAAGGUUUCUCGAGGAUGGACUUGUGGUUCCCAGGCGGUAUACUGCUUUGUCUAACGAUAAGAAAAUAGUGACAAUUCUCCACAGAGAACUAGAGCGCAAAGUUGAGAAAGUUAAGCAUAUUGGAGGUCAUCCGGCCGAAGACCAAAAACAACAUGAACUUCCAGUCUGAAUAAACCAUAACUGAUCAGUCCACGUUAAUCGUUAAUUUUUUUGUGAAGAAUAAGGAUUGCGGGAGGGGGAGUUGGGGGGGGACUUAAAAGAGAGGGGGGGCUUAUUAACGUUCCUCCUCUGAAAAGGGGGGCUUAUUAGAGAGGGGGGCUUAAUAGAGGAUUUACGGUAGAUGCACAAUCACCUGGUGUAAGGUCUAGAACCAAGGAUCACUUUAAUAAAUUAUAUGGUUUUCUUUUUCAUUUGAUCCCACGCACAAACCUUCGAGACUGACUUACAUGAAAGUCAAUUGUAUUUCUUUUGUGCCCAGUAAAUUUGCAAACAGAGAAUACAGACAUGUGCACAGACUCAUGCAAACACCUAAAUUGUACAAGUUUUUGCCAGUUUGUGUGGUAAAAGCUAGGAGCCUAGUUACACAGAACUGUACAAGUACAGGGGGCAUAGAUUGAAUUAGUUUAAAGAGCAUAACAAAAUACGAUUUAGAUUUAAACUAAGAUUUUAUUUCAAGUAGUUUAAAGCAAGUAAAAUGUUAUAUGACCGGAAAAGAGGGCACAAUAAGACGUCAUGAUCCACAUUUGGAAAAUCUUUCAUCCUGUUCUAGGUAUCCUUCAUCAAGAAUUUUGUUUUAUUGCCUGUCAGUCGUACAUUCUGAAUACAAAAACCCCUUGAAAUGGUAACCUUUGUGCCUGAAAAAUUAUCCUACAUUGCUCAUUCAUUGUUGGGCAUUUGUUUGAUCAAUCCUUUACAGUAGGAUCAACUGGAGAGAAGUGGUUAUGAAUAAGUAUUACUGGUAACUCAUGAAAGUCAGAAAACCUGCUGAAGCAUGCUGAAAACUUAAUGUGAGCUAACCAAAUAAAUGGCAGGAAGUGUAAAAAAUGUCAUCUGUUUUUGCAGGGUGGCUGUAAUUGCUGUUGUUACAAUGCUGAUUGGAUUUGCUGCAAUUAAACUUAUGUUUUAUGGUAAGGUUACACCAAAUCUAAUAUUGUUAGGUCCAAAAAUAAUCCUAUCACAGCAGAACCCUGUUCAUGUGACCACAGUUGUGCCACAAAUUCUUGCUGUAAUGACAAGGUGGUCAAACAGCGUGUUCAUAUUGUGGGGUUUCAUGGUAAUUGUAAUUUUGGGGGAUGGGGCUAAAUAAGGUGUCCAUAACAAAAGAUUUGUCUGUAAUAUAAUAGAAGACUUUUAGUGAUUUUGUGAUAAGAAUCAGUACAUGUUCAACUUUUUUUAUGCAUCAUCAGCAUUGCAGGGGGUUUUUGUUUUGAUCUCAAAAAAAUGAAGGAAUUAUUACUGAGCCCUGUAAAGAAAACUGUUGUAAUCACUUCAAUGGGCUUUCUUGGAGGAAUGACAAAAACUUGAAACCUUUUAUUUUUGAGUAAUUUCUAGUGUUCUCGUUUCUUGUAUAUUAUUAUUAUCAGGUGCUGAAAAAAGAAAGAAGGCCAGUGACACAGCUACACAACCCACAUAA